AUGGUGUUUAUUGACUUAGAAAAAGCGUAUGACAAAGUCCAUAGGGAAGUUCUUUGGAGAUGCUUGGAGGUGAGGGGGGUUCCUGUGGCGUACAUUCGUUCGAUUAGGGACAUGUACGAGGGGGCGAAGACUCGGGUAAGGACUGUGGGAGGGGAUUCCGAGCAUUUUUCGGUACUUACUGGAUUGCACCAGGUCUUGAUUGAUGAGUCUCGUCGAGGUGUUAACGAUAAGUUGGAGGUUUGGAGACAAACCCUGGAAACUAAAGGUUUCAAGUUGAGUAGGACAAAGAUGGAGUACUUGGAGUGUUGGUUGAAGUGGCGGCUCGCCUCGAAAAUUCUUCGUGAUAAGAAGGUGUCUCCCAAGCUUAAAGGAAAAUUCUACAGAGUUACAGUCCGGCCGGCUAUGUUAUAUCGCACGGAGUGUUGGCCUGUUAAGAAUUCUCCCGUCCAGAAGUUGAAG